CCCUCGCACCAUCGCGACCACGCCUCCCUCCGCUCCGCGUCCUCUCCGUCUCCCUUCCCUCACUCCUCUCCCCGCGGCUCCCACACCCCCCACGCGUUCUAGGGCCUCGUUUCUCUUUCGGGUUAUGGUCCCGGCUCGGCCGGCGGUGAAGAGGUCCGCUGCGGGGGGCGCGGGGCGGUGGCGGGGGCGGCGAGGGUGAGGCGGCCCCGCGUUCGCUGAUUGGGAUUGGGAUUGGAUUCGGGGGAAGAGGGCGCCGUGGUACGGCCGGCAUGGAGCCGGACUUCUCGCGGGCGAGCGGCGGCCCGAGCUACGAAUUCGCCUUCAACUCGGUCAACUUCUCCGACCGGGUCCUGCGGAUCGAGAUCGUCCCCGGGGACGACGCGCCGGGGGCCAAGGGCGCCGCCGGCGAGGGCUGCUCCUCCAUCGCCGACUGGGCGCGCCACCGCAAGCGCCGCAGGGAGGAUCUCCGCCGCGACAAAGAAUGUGGAAAGUACAUGUUGGAACCAUCAAAGGUAAAAAUCGAAGCAGAAGAAUGUGAUACCUAUGAGGAAACCGGUGAGGAGCCUGUAGCUAUGAUAGAAGAAUCUCCACCUGAUAUUGGACAAGAUGGUGAGGAUGGAGAAAACAGUGACUCAUCCUGGAAUAUGGAGUGUAAUCAGGUUUUGAGAGUGAAAUCUAUCUAUAUCAGCUCUGCAAUUCUAGCAGCAAAAAGUCCCUUUUUUUACAAGCUUUUCUCAAAUGGCAUGAAAGAAUCCGAUCAGAGGCAUGCUACUCUUAGAAUAACUACUUCAGAGGAAAGUGCCCUUAUGGAGCUUUUAAGCUUUAUUUACAGUGGAAAGUUGACGACAAAUGAGCCAACCCUUCUGCUUGAUAUCUUGAUGAUUUCUGACAAAUUUGAAGUUGUUUCUUGCAUGAGACACUGCAGUCAAUUGCUAAGGAGCUUACCUAUGACCACAGAAUCUGCACUUCUCUAUCUAGAUCUGCCUUCCAGCAUUUCAAUGGCUGCAGCAGUUCAGCCACUGACUGAUGCUGCCAAGGAAUUCCUCGCUAACAAAUACAAGGAUCUGACCAAGUUUCAGGAUGAAGUGAUGAACAUUCCCCUUGCUGGGAUUGAAGCCAUCCUAUGUAGUAAUGACCUUCAGGUGGCAUCAGAGGAUGCAGUCUAUGACUUUGUGAUCAAGUGGGUUCGUGCUCAAUACCCAAGAACGGAAGAAAGACGUGAAAUCUUGGGUACUCGCUUGCUGCCGCUCGUUCGGUUCUCUCAUAUGACCUGCAGGAAGUUGCGGAAGGUCCUUGCGUGCAGUGAUCUGGAUCAUGAGCAAGCAUCUAAAAGUGUCACUGACGCACUCCUGUACAAAGCUGAUGCACCACAUCGACAGCGCGCCCUUGCUGCAGAUGUGUUGACUUGUAGGAAAUAUACUGAACGAGCUUACAAGUAUCGCCCGCUUAAGGUGGUGGAAUUUGAUCAACCAUAUCCUCAGUGCGUAGCAUACUUGGAUCUGAAGCGUGAGGAGUGUAGCCGACUUUUCCCUUCCGGGCGGAUUUACUCGCAAGCAUUCCAUCUCGCUGGACAGGGAUUCUUCCUGUCAGCACAUUGCAACAUGGAUCAGCAAAGUGCUUUCCACUGCUUUGGUCUCUUCUUAGGGAUGCAAGAGAAGGGCUCAUCGAGUGUUACCGUGGACUAUGAGUUUGCUGCAAGGACAAGGCCAUCGGGCGAUUUUGUCAGCAAGUACAAGGGCUACUACACCUUCACUGGUGGAAAGGCAGUUGGCUACCGGAAUCUCUUCGCGAUUCCAUGGCCGUCGUUUAUGGCUGAUGACGGCCUCUUCUUCAUCGAUGGAGUACUACAUCUGAGAGCGGAACUGACCAUAAAGCAAUCAUAGAUAGUGGAAAAUCUUGUGUGGUUCAAACAUGUUUUUCCUAAGCACCAAAAUAGACACUUUUGAACCGAGAAGCAAAAUCUGUGAACUGUGAAAGCUGAAAAGCAACAUCUUAUGAACUGUGAAGGUGUAGUUGCGCCACAUGCGUUUUUUUUUCUUAA